AUGAACGCUGCCACCAUAGUCUCCAUAGGAUAUCACAUAAGCGUCAGGCAGGAGACAUUGAUCGAUAUUUUCAACAAUUCGAUGCACUUGUACGCGAGUACAGCAUCGCACAAGUACGCGAUCGACGAGAUACAGUUCAUCUUUCAGUGCUGCGGCCAUUCCUCUUACGCAGAUUGGUUCCUCUUUGACUGGCAGGGUGUGGAUUAUGCCUCGCGAGAGGAAAUGGCAAUUCACAGUCCGAUAUCCGACGAAGAAUAUAGGGAUAAAAGUGUCCCGUUUAGCUGCUGCAAUUUACAUGCAAUGUCACCGUGCGAGCACACGCAAAUAUCGGAAAACGAUAUCAGAACUAUAAACAUGAAUGGUUGUGUCGAAGUCAUGAGUCCUGUUAUUCUCAGGAUCGUGAUCGUGGCCUAUGUCAUGACCAGCACAUUGGUGGGUGAGUUCGCACGUGGUAAAUGGCAGUGUGCACAAGCAUUACAACCUCAAGCCAUAUAUUUUCCGUCCAUAGUGGUGCUAUUUGAUCGAACGUAA